AUAAAAAUACCCACAGACACAGAGACACAAACAUGUACACCUUCUCACACAUAACAUUCUCACUCAAAUUCUUAAGGCUGCAAAAAGUCUGCUUUGAGCAGUAAUUUAGCUUUGGAGCAUUGAUUCAGGACACGAAUGUUUUAAGGCAAUCAGUGCAUAAAGAAGAGUGCUGGAACUACAUCCUGAAGAGAUUAUUUGAUCUCUUGAAUGACUUCAAGGUUCUGCGUCAAGAAGACAACAUCUUGAGUUGAUAAUUACCAGUGUUCGGAGUUCUGUAAGGUGCAAAUUGAAAGAGUUGCAGGAAAGCUUUAAAGGAAGCUCUUCAUCGUUUAACAUUGAGAAGUUGAAGAGUUGUUUCGCAGCAGCAAUGAAGCCAGACAGCUUGCCUAUGACAGCACUAAACAGCAAACAAGGUACAGUGUGUAUCUUCGGCACAGGGGACUUUGGAAGGUCUUUGGGGCUACGCUUGUUACAAGCAGGAUACGAAGUUGUCUAUGGAUCACGGAACCCCAAAAAUUCAGACCUGCUGCCUAAGGGGGCAAAGGUAAUGCCACACGAGGAGGCAUCUCAAAAAGCAAGUGUGAUAAUUGUCGCUGUACAUCGAGAGAACUACGAAUUCCUGGCCAGUCUGACCCAAGCUCUUGAAGGGAAGAUCCUGGUGGACAUCAGUAAUAAUCUGAAGAAGCAUCAGUACACAGAAUCUAAUGCUGAGUAUUUGAGCAUGCUGGUACCUCGAGCAGUUGUAGUCAAAGCUUUCAACACUAUCUCAGCCUGGGCUCUGCAAUCAGGGAGGCUGGAUGCCAACAGACAGGUAUUGAUUUGUGGAAACCAUGCAGAGGCCAAGCAGGCAUUAGUGGACAUGUCCCACAGUUUGGGUCUUACCCCUGUCGACCGAGGAUCUUUGAGAGUGGCAUCUGAGUUGGAGGAUCUCCCGCAUCAACUCUUUCCACUUUGGAGGCUUCCUUUAUGGAUCAGUGCAGGACUCCUAGGUGCCUUCUUCCUUUACGUUCUCAUUCGGGAUGUUGUCUAUGCAGGAGUUGUCGACAACAAGGACACUUCCUUCCGCAUCAUGAUCUCGCUGGCUAACAAGGUGUUUCCUAUGGUCGCACUGGUGAUGCUGGCAUUGUGCUAUCUACCUGGUAUCAUUGCUGCUUUUCUGCAGCUCUACAAUGGCACUAAAUACCGACGUUUUCCUGACUGGCUGGAUCGAUGGAUGUUGUGCAGGAAACAACUGGGAUUGCUGGCACUGGCUUUUGCUUUUCUGCACGUGCUGUAUACACUGGUGAUCCCUAUCAGAUACUUCGUUUUCUAUAAAAGGGCCAACACUUAUAUUUCACUGAUCAAAGAAAACAAAACGUACGAAUUUAACGCAAUGUGGGCAUGGCGCUCCGACUCCUACCUGUCCAUGGGAAUAAUAGGAUUUGUGCUGUUUGUUUUACUCGGAAUCACAUCGCUCCCAUCGGUCAGCAACUCACUCAACUGGAGAGAAUUCAACUUUAUACAGUCGAAACUGGGCUAUUUGACAUUGUUGCUGUGCACUGCUCAUGCCGUCCUGUAUGGAUGGGACAAGUUCCUGCACGCGUCGGGCUUCAAAUGGUGGAUGCCUUCAAGCUACAUGGUUUCUCUGGUGGUUCCCUGCAUUGUUUUGGUUUUAAAAACAGUUUUGAUCAUGCCGUGCUUGGACCGUACGAUCACUCGCAUACGCCAGGGAUGGGAGAGACAAGGCAAACGUGGAAAGGACAAAAAUGCAAAGAGCAGCCAGCCACUCAUUCUAUAAGCAACGUGGCUUUAUACUUCAUGACAUGAGUUGCCCCAAUGCCCAUGUUUGGCAUGACUUUUAUUUUGUUGCUGAUGUGCUUGUGCAGUGCAGUCAGCCUGCCUGCUUUGAAAAUAUUGAAAAAUAUGAGGUUUUAAACUCUUGUAGGCUCUUGUGUAACUAUACAUAAUACACCAUUUAUUCAUUUAUAUCAAUAACUUGAAAAACAGUAGAGGCUAAGGCACACUGUUUUUAAGGUGCUGGUUUGCUUGCACAGUAUAACAGCUCCUCACUGUAGGUUUGAGGUAACAGUAUACUAUUAAUAAAACCUGGCAGGGUGUGCAAUUAUAAUACUGUACUUUUUAUUCAUUUACGGUUAUGUUAACUGAAAUUUUGUUUGCAGAACAAGUUAGUUUCUGCUAUUAUUUACAUUAUAGGUUCUCAGUCACUAAAUUUCUUUUUCCUUCAAGUUACUGAAGACAUAGUGAAAAAACUUAGGUUGUAGCUUUAACUCUGUCUGUGACUGAGCACUGACACUGGUUACUCAUUCAAAUAGUUCCUGAACUAUUUUUCCACAAACAUCUCCCUGCUGGCCCAGCCACUUUCUGUUUUGUUUGUUUGAAGUUUGCUUUCUGACUUCAGAGAGACUUUCUCCUUUCACAUUCCUGCAAAUGUACUAUAUGCACAAAAGUUUGUAGACACCUGACCAUACAUACUGUAUAUUCUUUUUUUUGAACAUUUCAUUACACAAUUAUUGACAAUUUAUUGUUAUACCAACCUCCACUCUUCUGGGAAGGUGCUCCACUAGAUUUAGGAGUGUGAUUGUGGGGAUUUUUGCUCUUUCAGACACAAGGGUGCUAAUACAGUCAGGUGCUGAUGCAGGGUAAGGAGGCCUGGGAUAUUCCAUUUCAUUUAAAACAUUUUCAGUAUGGUUGAAUAAAAAGCUCUACAGCAGGCCACUCAAGAUCUUCCACUUCAACCCAUGUAAAACAAAGCACCUGGGGAAUUAUCAUGCUGAAACAUGUUUGCAUCUUCUAGUUCAAGUGAAGUGAAAAUUUUAUGCUACCACAUACAAAGACCCCCUAUACAAUUGUGUGCCUUAAAAUGUUUGUUAAGGGAAGACCCACGUAUGUCUGGAUAAGUCAGUUGUCCCCUGACAGCAACCUGACAUUACUUCAGAAGGAUCUUUGUGUAGUUGAGUUCCUAAUUAUGUUCAAGACUGGAAAGCCUUUCAGAUUGUACUGAUUAACUCUUUUAGGUUUUUUAUUUGAAAUAUUCAACUUUUUUUGUGCAGCAGUUUUUUGAAAACAUAUCAAGAUUCAUGACAUUUGUAUAAAUAAAUUACAUUUAUUCAAAUUUCA